GCGUCCCAGCCAGCUGUCGCCGCGAAAUUGACGAAGCCGGUCGAGUUCCACUUCCACUCGGACGCACGCAUCGAGGCGCGCAGGGCAGGAGACGGCAGCACCGCGAAGCGUCCGCGCGACCCUGCGCUCGCGAUCCCAGACUUUGCGGCGCUGCAGACGCGGCACGCGCAGGCCGUCGCGGCUGGGCGCAGGCAGGGCGUGCACCCGACGGUCCCGGCGCCGCUGCCGCUGCACACGGAGGCGCGGGCGCACGAGCGCGAGAGGUUUGACGACGCGCGGCGCGGGCGCGAGGCCGAGCUCGAGCGCCAGCGGGAAGAACAGCGGCGGUCGCAGGCGCAGCGCGAGGAGGAGGAAGUCCGCGAGCUCCGGCGCAGGGCCGUGCCGCGGGCGAACGAGAUGCCGGCGUGGUACGCGCACGCGCCGAAACGGUCACGCGACGACGCGACGACGUAG